AUGCAGCAAACACACUUCGAUGCCCUUAUCGUGGGCGCCGGCUUCGGUGGUAUCUAUCAACUCCAUAAACUCCUCAACCAAGGACUAUCAGUGAAAGUCAUUGAUGCAGCUGGAGAUGUUGGAGGCACCUGGUACUGGAACAGAUACCCUGGUGCCAUGUCCGACACCGAAUCAUAUAUAUAUCGCUACAGCUGGGACAAAGAAGACCUACUUCAGUACCAGUGGAAAGACCACUACGUGAAGCAACCCGAAGUCCUCGCCUAUCUCGGGCACGUGGUCGAGAGACAUGACCUACGCAAGUACAUGCAGUUCAAUACCGAGUUGGAAGACGCCCAAUACGACGAGACCAACAAUAUCUGGAUAGUGCAAUGCUCGACGGGCCAGACCUUCACUGCUCGAUACAUGGUUACCGCAUUAGGAUUGCUCUCGAAGACCAACUAUCCUAGUAUUCCCGGCAUAGAGAAAUUUCCGGGAGAGAUGUAUCACACCGGGAAAUGGCCACACUCCCACGACUUCACCAACAAACGCGUAGGCAUAAUUGGCAACGGAUCCACCGGCGUACAAGUCAUCACCGCUGUCGCCAAAGAAGUCAAGCAACUGGUGUGCUUCCAACGAACACCUCAAUACAGCGUGCCGAGUGGCGACGGGCCCGUGUCUAAAGAAUACCGCGACUCGGUCAACUCUCGCUACGACGAGAUCUGGGCGCAAGUCCGCAACAGCGCCGUGGCUUUUGGGUUUGAAGAGUCCAAGAUUCCUACCAUGAGCGUCUCCGCCGAAGAACGUGAAAGGAUCUUCGAAGACGCAUGGCAACACGGCAACGGCUUUCGCUUCAUGUUCUGGACCUUUAAUGACUUGACGACCAGCGAGGAAGCGAACGAGGAAGCAUGUAAAUUCAUCCGCAAGAAGAUCAGCCAAAUCGUCCAAGAUCCGGACAAGGCGAGAAAGUUGACGCCACAUGACUUCUACGCGCGUCGACCUCUGUGUGAUGCCGGGUACUAUGAGCAGUUCAACCGACCCAACGUGGAUAUUGUCGAUCUGAAAGAAACCCCUAUCGAGCGAAUCACAGAGAAAGGCAUCGUCACGUCAGACGGCACGGAACAUGAACUCGACGUGAUUAUAUUUGCCACGGGUUUUGAUGCGGUCGAUGGGAAUUAUACCCGCAUCGCGAUCAAGGGGCGCGGCGGUGAGAGUCUGCGCGACCACUGGGCAGCCACGGGCGGGCCCACGACGUACCUGGGCAUGUUUGUCCCGGGGUUUCCGAACUUGUUUAUGAUCACCGGUCCGAAUAGUCCGUUCACGAACCUUCCGCCGACGCUGGAGACGCAGGUCGAGUUCAUUGCUGAUACAAUUGAGCGGGCUGAGAAGAAGAACAAGGAUAAUUCAACUCAAGAUCAAGGCCGGGGUGACGGUACGAAUGAUUCGACCCCAUCGAACACCCAGGGACCUGUGAUCGAAGCAUUGCCGUCAUCUGAAGAUAAAUGGACCAGGCUGUGCAAGGAGCUUAGUGACAAUAGCUUGUUCAAGAAAACGGAUAGUUGGAUCUUCGGCGCGAAUAUCCCGGGAAAGACGCACACGGUGAUGUUCUAUUUUGGGGGGCUGGCCGGGUAUCGGAAGGAGAUAAGCGAAGUGGUCGGGAGUGGGUAUGAAGGGUUUAAGCCUUUCUAA